AUGAAAGUUGAAAUAGAAGAACUUUGUAAGAUUAAACCUUGUCAACAAAGAAUAUGGUAUUAUACAAAAGAAAAUAAAAAAGUUAUUCUUCUUGUUGACAAAACAUUAACUGAGUGUGGAGUGAAUGAAGAAACAGAAUUAGAAAUGAAAGACCUUGGAAGACAACUCCCAUACAGAUUUGUUUAUCUUUUAGAAUAUAUUGGCCCAUUGGUACUGUACUUUAUUCCAUUCUUUAUACUAAAAUCCCUAAAUAGAACAAUUCUUUACCAACAAUAUAUGGCAUUAUUUUUAUGGGUUGUUCAUUAUUUAAAAAGAAUAUUAGAAACUAUUUAUGUUCAUGAAUUUGGAGAUAAUACAAUGCCUUAUAAUAACGUUUUUAAGAAUUGUACAUAUUAUUGGGGUUUUGCCCUUGCUGUUUCUAUUAAUGUAAAUCUUUUUUCAAGACAAGUUCCUGAUUUAUUUGUUUCUAUUUGUGCUUGUGCUAUGCUCAUUUCAAUUGUUUCAAAUGGUUAUUGUCAUCUUCUUUUAAAAUGGUUAAGACCACCAGGGACUCAAAUAAGAGCUAUUCCAAAAGGUUUCUUAUUCGAGUAUGUUUCUUGUCCUCAUUAUUUUUGUGAAAUUAUGACAUGGGUCUUCUUUAACGCUUUGACUGGGUUUCCAUUUUUUGGAGUUUUAUUCUCACUGUGUGGUAUUUACCAAAUGAGGGAAUGGGCUCUUCAAAAACAUCAAAGGUAUUAUCGAGAGUUUCCUGAUUAUCCAAAGAACCGAACAGUAUUAAUUCCUUUCUUAUAUUAA